UUGAUGUUUUCCUUCACUUUUCCUUCAUUUACAUAAAAUUUAUUUUUCUACAAGAUUUUUUAUGUUAAUUAUUAUGCAUAUUAAAACAUAAGUGCGAAUUUCUCAUUUAAAAAAUACAAAUUUGCUAAAGCGUAGAUCACAUACUUACUACACUAUCUACAUAAUAUUAUGCAAAGCAAAUCUUUGUUGACUUAACCUGUAAGAAAUGUAUUUAUUAUUUUGGCCGAAUCUUUUGCUGGUAUAUCGGUAUCAAAUACUGUUAUUGCUUUUUAUGUACAACAUAACCGAUGGUAUAUUUGAAGAGCAGUAUGAGUUAAGCACAAUGACUCCGCACUAUGAAAACUUAACAAAAGUAGCACAUAGAAACUUGAAGCUUAUGGGAUCUAGAAAUAGAUGGCAAUAUAGAAUAGGUAAUCUCAAUAGAAGACAACACGACGUGUUAAAAACUAUUUGGAGAAAGCCGAGAAGUGCAAAUGUUGAUAUUGUAUUAGGUACGCAAAAUAUUCGGGAUGAUAAUAAAAAAUAUCAAGACAUGUUCAAUAAUGCUCCUGUAGCAACUCAAAAGAGUCUUGAACUUACCACCCCCGAAUCAAUGAUUGAAUUUGACUAUAUGCAAGAUCAUGUUAUUCAAAAUGAUGGAAAACAAACUACAGGAAACAUAUCAGUAUUUCGUGUUGAAGAAAACCAUCAUUCAUUAUUUCCUGGUGUUUUCAAAAAAUAUGUAACAUACCAAAUACGAAAAGAACCUUUCACAAGGUUUACAACUCCACAGAUAGAUCUUAAAUUCGCCGAAAGAAAAGUAGAGCGAGCAAAACCAAAAAUACCCCGUGAAGCUAAAUAUCCAAAUAAAAUUAACAUGCAUUCCUCGGAUUUUUUCCCGACUGAUUUACCUAUAAAACGAGUGACUAUUUAUCAAACUGCAAUUCUAGUUCCAAUCACAACUAAAAAGUCUCCUCCAAACUAUAGCAAUAAAUCAAAAAAAUCACUAAAAGAUGACCAAUCGCGCUUACAUGUUUCUGAAAACAAGACUCUAGGAUCAAUUAAUAUAGAAGCUGUUCAUCAGAGAUACCCAUUCAAAUAUCAUUACCAAGCUACUGUGAGAUCUUUAACCAAAGAAAUUGAAAAUACUCCUGAUGAGUAUCGACUAUACCAAGACAUUCCCCACAGAGAGCACUCUGAAAAAAUAAGUUAUGUAGGCUUUUCUCAUAACAUGAAUUAUAAAUUAAAUUUGCCAGUUGCGGAAAGACUUCCUGACACUACUGAAUUUAAUAUUGUACCAAUAAUUGAGCAGCAAUUACGUGAAACCCAUGCACGUAAAACAACGGCUAUCCCAUCAGACAAAGUAAAAUUCUUUGAAAUGUAUGAUGAAAAUACAGCAAAUCCCUCGAUUCAAGCAAAGCCUGUUGCUCAGCUAGGAAACCUAAGCCAAUCUCACGAUUUAUAUUCGCAUGUCAGUUUCAAAAACUCCAGCAAAAGCACUUAUACAGAAAUACCACCUUAUAAAAUGUAUUCAGUAGAUAUUUCAGAGCAAGCCACCUCUUUGAAUACAAGUGUCAGUAAUUAUUCCGUUCCAAUAAAGUUUCCAAAGAGGGCUAAAGAAAGUUCAUGGAGUAAAUUUACGUAUCUUGCUGUGUACAUCUAUGAGCCGCUGUCGCUCCACUGCGACGCGGCGAUCCUGAGCCCCCAUUGGCUUGUGACGUCAGGCGCCUGUCUCUACCUUCGACAGUCGGACCAAUCAGACGACGCCGUGUCGGCCUUCGUGACGUACUGCGGGCCCAACUGGCGACACCCCGAGCUGGUGGUCUACGUCAAGUACAGCGUGGUGCACCCGCGGUUCCAUCCCCGCGACCCGGCGAGGAGGCAGCUGUAUAAUAUUGGUUUGAUCCAGGUGGCGGACUCGACGAGUGCGACCUGUCGCUCGUGGUCGGCGGUGUCGCUGGUCACGCACCACGCGGCACUCGGCGCCGCCACUGCCGUCGGCUGGGGGCUGGACAGGUUCCACGAGGCUACGAUCGACGCAGCACCUUCGUACUUUUCCAGUUACAACAGUAAUGUCUACUCCGGUUCAUGUCCAGGAAAUAAGAAUUAUGAACAUUUGAAGAACAUGACAGAAGACCAGGGCGGCAUCAACAACGUGUUCUGCCUGCCGCCCCGCACCAGCGCCAGUGACGUCACCGCCCCCGCCCCCGGCAGCGUGCUCGUCAGCGGGGGGAAACUCGUCGCCUUGUACUUGGAGGAGGAGCGUCACCCUACCGGUGAUCAGUCAGCCCAGUACACGGGGGUGUGGGCCCUGGCCCCGUGGGUCGCCUCGGUGGCCAAGGAGACCGAAGACUUACAUCAGGAUAGCGUACUGUCAUUGUAGAAUUGUUGAUGUUGGGGCGGCUGUAUACAUUUUGUAGUACGGUAUGAGUCAAAUGAGGUGAAAUCGAACCUAUAUUUCUCAAUAUAAUGUUUGUGAAUUUGUUUUUGUAUGUUUUUACGUGAAUUUGUUAAUAAAAUGCUUUUUUUGAGUGUG